AUGAAUUUAUUACACUCCAAUUUCCUUAAAUAUUUUUAUUCAACCUUAUUUUUUUCGACUUUAAUUUUAUUUACUUUCCAACACAAUUCUGAUAAAUUACAAUCAGAAUUAAGAAAAGGAAGACAACUUAAAAUACUUGUAUAUUCACCUUCUGUGAGUUGGAGUCAUGCCCAAUUUUUGGGAAGAAUUGCGGAUACUUUAGUUGAUGCAGGCCAUGAAGUGCAUUUCGUCAAGUACAUUAUGAGCCCACUUUUGCUACAACGAAAUGAAACUACUAAAGUUACUAAAAUUCAUAUAAUAGAGAAAGGUCUUGAAAACAAUGAAAUUAUGGAUAUCAAAGAUCAACCAAUGGUUUCAGAAUCUUUCACUAAAAAAAGACAAUACCUAACGCUAUUUGAUCAUCCUAUGCAUCAAUUCGGCCCUAUGAUGGCUAUGUCGUGUAAAGAGACACUUAAACAACCAAUUUUACUACAAAAAUUGACAAAUGAACGUUUCGAUGUCGGCAUAGCGGAGAUGUAUGAUUAUUGUCCUUCAGCUCUUUUCCAUAAAAUUGGUGUUCGAACAAAGCUGACUGCCUAUGCAAUUCCUUUAUUUCAAGCGACGAGUCGCAUUUUUGGCAUUCCAAAUUUUCCUAGCUUUAUGCCAAAUGUGAUGGUACCAAUACCAGGGCUCGAACAUUCUUUCGUUUCACGUUCCAUCAAUUUUUAUAACGAACUCUUCGACUGGCUUUGGACUGGUGAUAUUACUUUACGACAUCAAGAACCAGUAAUCCGUGCAGAAUUUGGCGAGGAUUUCCCAGAUUUAAAAGAGCUUCAAAAAAAUGUUUCGCUAGCUUUCUUCAAUUCUAAUCCCUUCCUUGAAUUGCCUAGACCUAUUUCAAACAAAAUUAUCUACAUUGGAGGGCUGGUUGAUGAUCAUACUUCUGGAGGCAAUAAAAUAUUGGAACCGGUAAUAAUUCAAAAUAAACAAGUUCUCUUCAAGUUCCCAUCUUUUACCCAGAAAAUCCAAAAAAUAAUGGACGAGGCAGUUACAGGUGUCAUACUUUUCUCUUUUGGAUCUCUUGCUGACACUGCCAAGCUUAAUAAUAAAAUGAAAAGUGCAAUUAUCAAAGCAUUUGGACGUUUUCCACAAAUCCAAUUUCUUUGGAAACUUGACAGUGAUACAAUAAAAAACUUGACAAAAUUGCCAAAUGUUCAUACUUUUGAGUGGCUUCAACAACCUGCAAUUUUGGGGCACCCCAACCUUCGUGCAUUUAUCUCACACUGUGGCCAAAACAGUUUGACAGAGUCAGCACGAGCAGGGGUUCCAAUUCUCGGUAUUCCUCUUUUUGGAGAUCAAUUCUACAAUGCGGAUGUUGCUCAAAAACUUGGUAUAGGAAUACAAAUAGAUGUUAAUGAAUUAAGUGGACCUAAUGCUGAACAAGUACUGGUUGAGGCGAUAGAAAUGAUUCUCUACCAACCUAAAUACCAACAAAACGCCAAAAUAAUAUCCAAAAAAUUAAAAUUAACUCCAUUCAGCCCAACAGAAAGACUUGUAAAAUGGGUUGAAUUUGCUGCAGAAUUUGGAGAUUUGCCAGAACUUAAUUUACCUGGAGAAAAGGAAAUGAAUUGGUUUGUUUAUUAUUCGCUUGAUGUUAUUCUCUUCUCUAUAAUUGUUUUGGUUAUUUUGUUUUGGGUGACAUUUAAAUGUUUUAAAUGGAUAUUAUCUUCAUUAAUUAUUAAUUGGUUUGAAAAAAUAGAAUCAGAAGAAAAGAAACAAAAAUGA